UAGCGGCCAGUGUCGAUCGCAACGCGUAUUCGCGCGCUUGUCUUUUUUGUGUCGAACGCGCGCGAAAUAUGUCAUAACACUUUUUUUUGUUUUGAACUAUUUUUAAGAGUUUUUUUAAAUACAUAGAAAAUUAAACUAUAAACGAAAGGACAAUGGAAGCUAAAACUACAGGGAAACUCCCAUAUCCAAAAGCAGUUGGAUUUAUCGUGACAAAUGAAUUCUGCGAACGAUUUUGCUACUAUGGAAUGCGAACGAUCCUGUCAUUAUACCUUCGCGACAAAUUGGGCUACUCUGACAACGGAGCAACCGUCAUAUAUCAUGUUUUCACAAUGUUCGCCUACUUCUUUCCCUUGCUUGGUGCAAUGAUUGCCGACGGAUGGUUGGGCAGGUUCAGAACAAUAUUCUAUCUGUCUCUUGUUUACGCAACGGGCAGUGUUCUGAUAUCCCUCACAGCUAUGCCGCCAUUGGAUUUGCCAAAACUAGAAUUUACAAUCUUAGCUCUACUUCUUAUUGCAUUCGGUACUGGUGGUAUAAAGCCGUGUGUAUCGGCAUUCGGUGGAGACCAGUUCAAGUUGCCAGAGCAGGAGAGAUACCUCGGUUAUUUCUUCUCUCUCUUCUACUUCUCUAUCAACGCGGGAAGUCUCAUCUCUACAUUUCUCACUCCGAUCCUAAGGGCAGAUGUGCACUGUUUCGGAGAAAAUGAUUGCUAUUCUCUCGCGUUUGGUGUUCCCGGCUUACUGAUGAUUGUUUCUAUAGUGUUCUUUGUUGCGGGCAAACGCCUCUACAUUAUCAAGAAUCCCGCCGGCAACGUGCUCGGUAACGUCUCUGCUUGUGUCGGAUAUGCGUUAGUGAAGUCUAACAAAAGCAAGGAGAAGCGCGAGCACUGGCUGGACCACGCAGACGACAAGUACGACUCGAACCUUAUUGAAGACAUCAAGGGUCUGUUGAGAGUUCUCGUCCUCUUCAUACCGUUGCCGAUCUUUUGGGCGCUCUUCGAUCAACAGGGAUCAAGAUGGACCUUCCAAGCUGAUAGAAUGUAUCAGGAAAUCGGAAGCUGGACUCUGAAAGCGGAUCAGAUGCAAGUGCUCAAUCCUUUACUUAUUUUAGUAUUCAUCCCUCUUUUCGAAGUGGCGAUUUAUCCGUUUCUGACGUGGUGCAAGCUAAUAAGGAAACCUUUGCACAAAAUGAUUUGGGGAGGUGUUCUCGCCGCCGCCGCUUUUGUUAUAUCUGGAAUUGUUGAAUUGAAUCUUUUGCCUACUUAUGGUACACCAGUAUCGGAUGGGUUGGCACAACUUAGAGUUUAUAACGGAUUUAAUUGCAACAUAACAUUAAAUGUUUACAACCCCGCAGAAAAUGUUACAGAUAAAGUUAUAAUAGAUGCUUUAGGAGUUUAUGAAAAACUGGAUAUUGAAGCACAUCAGCAGAUAGAAUUACCUUAUUCAUUAAGAGGUGUAAAUACGAGUGAUUGUAUGGAUGUUAACUACGACGGCAAGUUUGUAUUAAAAGAGAAAACCGCAAACUCUUACUUUGUAUCAAGGAAUGACGUUUACCAAUAUGAUGAUAACAACGAUAAAGCUAUUGAUGGGGUAAAAGUUAGAUUUUUAUCAAACACAUUUUCCUUGUCACGAAUAAUGAUGCAAGAUAAAAAGAACCGAACAAAGUUGAACAUUACUACUGAUAAUAAACUUCAAACAUCCUUAGAAAAGGGUACUUAUGAUAUCAUAGUGGAUGGAGUCUUAGUGAUGCAGGAAGUUUCCUUGCAGACGGGAGCCGUCUAUGCGAUACCAUUGUAUGAAGACAACGGAGGAAACUUUUUCAUGGACAUAAUAACAGUAACUCCACCGAACAGCUUGCAUAUACUAUGGCUGGUGCCACAGUACGUUGUUAUGACGAUGGGAGAAGUGAUGUUCUCGGUAACUGGACUCGAGUUCUCUUUCACACAAGCUCCUGCUAGUAUGAAGUCCGUGUUACAGUCGGUGUGGCUUCUCACGGUGGCCUUUGGGAAUCUUAUCGUUGUGCUGAUCGUUGAAGGAAACUUUUUAGACGCUCAGUGGAAGGAGUUCUUCCUUUUCGCGGGACUGAUGUUGUUAGACAUGUUAAUAUUCACUGUAAUGGCGCUUCGCUACAAGUAUGCGGAACUCAAAUCCAGCACCGAAGAUCUGGCAACCGGGGACUUCAAACUGGUCGAGAAAAAUGAGCCUAAGAGCAAUUAGAUUUUACUAUUAUUAUUAGUGUAA